CUGCGCGUUUACGAACCUUUGACGACACAAAACACACUUCCUACGAUGCAGCUCACCAUGCUCUUUCUCGCGGGCCUCAGCGCCGUUAGCGUCUCGGCCGUUCCUUCAAUGGGCGCCUCUUGGGUGCCCAACCAGGUCACCGUGAAGGAGGAAUACAAGGUGCCUGGCGACAACCCGCUGUACUUCUGCGCCGACCCGGCAGACUACAUUCUGCAGAUCGAGAAGGUCGACCUCGACCCCAACCCACCCAAGCCAGGCGAGAAGUUGAGCAUCAAGGCAUCUGGUGAUUUCAAGGAGCAGGUUGGCGAGGGGAGCAAGAUGCACCUGCAAGUCAAGUACGGCUUGAUUACCCUGAUCAACCAGGAGCGUGAUGCGUGCGACACUAUCGAGCAGGCGGAUCUCAAGUGUCCGCUCAAGAAGGGCGAGUUGAGUCUGACCAAGGACGUUAAUCUGCCCAGGGAGAUUCCUCCGGGCACAUACACUGUUCUUGCGGAUGUGUACACUGAGGACGGCGACAAGAUCACUUGCUUGACUGCCAAGAUUGCUUUCCAUCGGUAAUUGCCUCGACAGCUCUCCUCGACUUCCACCUAAGGCAUCGCUCCAGCAACAGCAACAGCAACAGCAACAGCAACGACAACGACAACAGCAAUAGUGCAGGCGACAGUUCGGUCGACGGCUCUGGUAUUCUGAGUUUCGGAAAUGUAAAAGUUGGCCAGCGCAAGUUUGAGAUGUCUGGACCUGCUGCUGGGCUCGUGCAGCAGAGAAUGCAAGAACGCUUGCGGCAGCGCAACGAGUUGUAGGAUGGUCGAAGGGCUAGUCUCUUUUCUGAAUGCACGAUACCAUGCGACGGUUCGUUUAAUUGGUUUCUCUGGUUACGCACGUGGCGUAAUGUAUAUACGACAGAGGCAAUGCAUACUUCACGACAUACAA